GUCAGUGUUUCUCUAUACAGUGAACCCUCACAGUUCGCGGUCUCAGUACAUCGCGGAUUUUUCAAAAAUAUUCCCACUCGUACUCCUGCUCGCUCAUCUCCUCCUCCUGCAGCCCGUACGCCUCCGCCAGUCUCUCCUACUCUCUCGGAAGGAGAGUUGGUCGACGACCCGUCUCCUCUGCCCAUAUUAAUAGCUGACGAGGAGGCGUCCUCAGGAGAGCAGUAAAGCUCUCCCUCAGCACCUGUGCAGGUAUCACAUUUCAUACUUCACACCUGCACAGGCAAUCCAUCAUCUUCAUUACCAUCGAUCAUCAAGAAUCAUCGUCAUCAUCGUCAUCAUCAAGAUCUUCGUCAGCCACGCACAGAGGAGAGAUCGUCAAAGUUGCACCACAGAGGCAGGCAUUAUUUCUACAACUUAUAAAGGAAGUUGUCUGUUUGCUCAGUUGUGUUCAAGCUGGAAUAUGCAAACUGCACCACAGUGAGCUCGCCUGGUAAGAAUCUGUCCAAAACCUACUUUCAUUUUUCAGCUCCAGUGUUGCUUUGGUCACGUUUUACUUUCAGUGAUAGUUGUGGGAAAUUUUUUUUGCUGCUCUACAGAUGCUCUUAAUAAUCAGAUGGUAAACUGUUCACACACAGAAUGUUAACUGUUUUAUGUUGGCAGAUCUGGAUGAGUUUCAUGGCAGGUUCCCCUCUGUGAACAUGGGGACGUUCCUGUUACUUAUUCUCCUGUUUUGUUCAGAUGUUUUACCUGCCUGUAUUCCUGAUCUACACCUGACUAUCACUGCGCCAGGGGAAAUAAAGGCACUGAGUGGAUCCUGUGUACAAAUCCCAUGCAAGUUUAGUAGUAGAAGUCCAAAUGAGGACUUCAACAACACAAGACCUCAUUUUGGCAUCUGGUUGAAAACCAACACAAAUAACAACAAUGCGGUUUUCAACAGUAGUGGGAUAAAUACCAAUAAAUUAAAUUAUCCAAUGACUAUUACUGGAGACCUGAGUCACAGAGACUGCACCACUCUGUUUUACGAUUUAACCAAAGAUUAUGACGACAGAUAUUUCUUCAGAAUUCAGAACUUGCCAUUCAUAGCAACAGCCUCCUGUGACCCUGUUAAAAUAACUAUUGAAGAUUCUCCUCCCAGUCCCAGGAUUGAAGUCUCACCUCAGCAGCUGAAGGAGAAGGAGUCUGUCACUAUAACCUGCUCAGCUCUCACUCCCUGUCCACACUCCCCUCCUAAACUCACCUGGAAUCUACAACAAGACGCUGCAAACAACAUGGAAGUAAACCCAGAUCGAACACUUACAACUAAAAUCCAACAGAUCAUCACUGUGUCAGACCAACAUGAUGGAUACAACAUCAGCUGUUCUGCAGCAUAUCCUGUGGACGAAGGAAGAAUCAAAACAGCAGAAACAAACAUCACCCUCAGUGUUUCAUAUGCUCCUAAAAACACCUCAGCGUCCAUCAGUCCCUCAGGUUCGCUGUGGGCAGGUAUGUGGGUGAACCUGACCUGCUCCAGCAGAGCCAAACCUCCUGUCAGCAACUUCACCUGGUUCAAGACCAGCACACAUGGGCCCAUCAGAGUGUCUGAAGGAGACGUUUACAGCUUCAGUUUGACCGAUGAUACUGACGGAGAUUAUUAUUGUGAAGCAACAAAUGAUCUCGGGAAACAAAACUCAUCACUGAUUCAUACGAAUAUUGAAGGAAACGCAGACUUUUGGCUUUUCAUCUACAAUAGAGUGAAGAUCUGUGAAAUAGUCCUGCUCAUCAGUACUCUGAUCGUCUUUGAAUGCUGGUUCAGGUCAAGAUACUCCAACAAACCAGUGCAGGUACAGCCCACAGUGGAACCAGAUUAUGUCAACACAGUGUUUGAAGGUCAAGAAUAAUAAGUGAUGAGGACACGGGAAAGAUUUCCACGACCAAUAAUAAUAUUAUGUCAUCAUAAAACAGGAUAUUGUGUCAGAUCAUAGUUUCAUUUGAAUAUUAAAAUGUUUUUAGAUGUAUAAAGAUAACGUAUUAAAAAAAAAAGUCUAAUCUUUUUGUCAGUGUUUCUCUAUACACUUUAACAUAAAUGCAUACAGCUUAGUUAAUAACUUGUAAGUUCAGGCUGAUUUCAUUCAUAUUAUUCUUCUUUUUUCUGUUCAAAUGACUAAACUAAGGAAUUCCUAUUUUGCGUCACCUUUUACAGUAAAAGACAAAAGCAAAACUUAAAAUGAUCGUUGGACUGAUGGCACCGUUUUUCUGAUGGAACAUCUCUGAAAUCAGCAGAAAAUGUUCUGCAUCAUUGAUAAAUGUAUUAAAGAUAUAUGAUAAUACUGCAGAUACGACUGAGAUAUUCACCACACUGUUGGCUUUAAACAAUGCAGAAAUUCACUUAUUAAAUGAAAAUGUUUGUAAGAGCUGAACUGAAUGUCUGCACUGUAUGCACUUUAACACAAACACAUUCAGCUUCAAUGACCAUGAAGUUCAGGUGGAUUUCAUUCAUGUUUGUUUUCUUUAUUUUGCCAAAGUAGUAGUAAUAAUAAUAAUAAUAAUAAUAAGAAGAAGAAGUGAAUUUAUGCAUAAAUUAAUGUUUAUGAAGAAAAAAAUAUUACUAUUACAUUAUUUUUACCUCUUGUCAUGAAAUGAUUGUGACAUUGUGUUUUAUUCUUGACAAAUAACUGUGUAACUGGGGCUCAGUAUGUAAUCAUUAUACUAUGUCAAAAGGUGAUUACAGGUGAUUACUAAAAACAAAAUACUUCCAACUUAAUGGGCAACAGUGUUGUAGUUGUAAAUGAAGCCCAAUUUUCAUUCACUUCAGUAAUUCAACACUGCUGCUGCCUGUAUUGUAAGGACAUAAAUUCACAUUGCUUCUACUGCUACACACCGGUAAUUUGCUUCAUGUUAACUGUUUAAAACAGAACAACUUCACCUGUUGUAUUGUCAUUAU